AUGGCCUCGGCUGCUAAUGCGCCCUCCGAACAGGAAAACAGAGACCCCGAUCGGCCGAGGAUAACGCGGAGGAACAGGGGGGACUAUACCCGCAACACACCGCUGGAUUUGGAGUAUUUGCAGCGGCCGAGUUACUGCGAUGCGGAUUUUGCUUUGGAGCAAAUAUCCGAGGGGAAGGCGACUGGGAGGAAGGCACCUCUAUGGCUGAGAGCGAAGUUCCAGAGACUUUUAUUCAGGCUGGGCUGUUACAUACAAAAGAACUGCGGAAAGUUUUUGGUUGUGGGCCUCAUGAUUUUUGGAGCUUUCGCUGUGGGCUUACGGGCAGCUAAUUUGGAGACAGAUGUGGAGAAACUAUGGGUGGAAGUCGGUGGGCGUGUGAACCAGGAACUGAGGUACACACGUCAGAAGAUAGGUGAGGAGGCAAUGUUUAACCCUCAGCUGAUGAUCCAGACGCCGCGGGAGGACGGAGCCAAUGUUUUAACAGUGGACGCGUUAUUGCAGCACCUGGAAUCAGCCAUCCGAGCCAGCAGAGUUCAUGUUUACCUUUAUAACAGACAAUGGAAAUUAGAACACUUAUGCUACAAAUCAGGAGAACUAGUCACAGAAACUCAUUUUAUGGAUCAGAUCAUAGAAAAGCUACACCCCUGCCUCAUCAUCACCCCUUUGGACUGUUUCUGGGAGGGAGCCAAGCUCCACUCUGGAAUGGUCUAUCUCCCAGGUAAAGACCCUUUACAAUGGACCAACUUUGACCCUAAAGAUUUCCUUGAGGACUUGCGAAGGGCAAAGUUCCCUGUGGAAGGCUUUGAGGACAUGUUGGAGAAGGCAGACGUCGGACACGGCUACAUGGAUAGACCCUGUCUGAACCCUGCAGACCCCGACUGCCCCCUCACUGCACCAAACAAGAACUCAACAAAGCCAUUCAACGUGGCGCGGGCCCUGACUGGCGGUUGCCAUGGUCUGUCCAGGAAGUACAUGCACUGGCAGGAGGAACUGAUCGUAGGAGGGACCACCAAGAACGGCAGUGGACCCCUGCUCAGUGCCCAGGCCUUACAGACCAUGUUCCAACUGAUGACUCCCAAGCAGAUGUUUGAGCACUUUCGGGGCUAUGAGGAGGUUUCCCACAUCAACUGGAAUGAAGAAAAGGCUGCAGCUAUACUGGAAGCCUGGCAGAGGAGAUACUCUGAGGCGGUGCUGCAGAGUGUGGCAGCAAAUUCGUCUCAGAAGGUCUUGUCUUUCACCACCACUACUCUGGAAGAUAUUCUCAAGUCUUUCUCUGAUAUUAGUGUCAUCCGUGUGGCCAGUGGUUACCUGCUGAUGCUGGCCUAUGCGUGUCUCACUAUGCUGCGGUGGGACUGUGCCAAGUCUCAGGGGGCUGUGGGGCUGGCGGGUGUCCUGCUGGUGACACUGUCUGUAGCAGCUGGCUUGGGCCUCUGCUCUCUCCUUGGCAUCUCCUUCAAUGCCGCCACUACGCAGGUGUUACCAUUCUUGGCUCUGGGUGUUGGAGUGGAUGAUGUCUUCCUCCUUGCUCAUGCCUUCAGUGAGACUGGACAGAACAAGAGGAUCCCAUUCGAGGAUCGUACAGGCGAGUGUCUGAAGAGGACGGGAGCCAGCGUGGCUCUCACCUCCAUCAGUAAUGUCACAGCAUUCUUCAUGGCAGCCCUCAUCCCCAUCCCAGCGCUCAGAGCUUUUUCUCUACAGGCUGCAGUGGUGGUGGUGUUUAACUUUGCCAUGGUGCUGCUCAUCUUCCCCGCCAUCCUCAGCAUGGAUCUCUACAGACGAGAAGACAGACGUUUCGACAUUUUUUGUUGCUUCUACAGCCCAUGUGCCAAUCGUGUGAUUCAGAUUGAGCCUCAGGCGUACCUGGAUGGGGCCGACGGGAGUCGCUACAGCCCUCCCCCAUCCUACCGCACCCCACCUCCCUCAUAUCGCACACCUCCCCCAAGCUACAGCAGCCCCCCUCCCUCCUACAGCAGCCAUGGCUUUGCCCAGCAGACCCAGAUCACCAUGCAGUCCACUGUGCAGCUCAGGACAGAGUAUGAUCCCCGCACGCAGGCUUUCUACACCACAGCUGAGCCCAGAUCCCAGAUUUCCGUGCAGCCCAUCAACCCAGCACCAGCCAGGAAUAAUCCUAAUAAUGACUAUUACAGUGGCAACACCAGCAGCAGCAGGAGCAGUAGCAGCAACCGUGGAAAUCUCAACAACAACAACACUGGGAGCCGAAAUAAUGGGGCAUCUCGAGGUUCUGCCACUUUCUCCCAUCACCAUGCACCUCCUCCUGCUGCCCCGACCUCAAGUCCCAGCUCAGUUCCCCAGGGUGAUGUUGCCUCAUCAACUGGCCAGAGCCCAGAGAACAACAGCUCCACACGGGACCUGUUGUCCCAGUUUGGUGAAGCAUCACUGGGUCUGCGAUGCCUCGAGCCUCCCUGCUCCCGCUGGACACUGGCUUCUUUUGCUGAGAAGCACUACGCUCCAUUCCUUCUGCAGCCCACCACCAAGGUGGUUGUGAUUGUGCUGUUCCUCUGCCUGCUGGGAGUCAGUUUAUAUGGGACCACCCAGGUGCGGGAUGGCCUCGAAUUGACGGACAUCGUACCCAGAGAAACCAGCGAGUAUGACUUCAUCGGCGCCCAGUUUAAGUUCUUCUCUUUCUACAACAUGUAUGUGGUGACACAGCGGGCUGAUUAUGCCCAGAAACAGCCUCUGUUGCACCAGCUCCACCAGAGGUUCCACACUGUUCGCUAUGUGCUGAAGGAGGACAAUGGACAGCUGCCCCGCAUGUGGCUUCACUUCUUCAGGGACUGGCUGCAAGGUCUGCAGCAGGCGUUUGACAAGGACUGGGAGGCUGGCCGCAUCACUGUAAACAGUUACAGGAAUGGUUCUGAUGGUGGCGUUUUGGCGUACAAGCUUCUGGUGCAGACAGGACGCAGGGACAAGCCCAUCAACUUCAACCUGCUGACUCGUCAGAGGCUUGUGGAUGCAGAUGGGAUCAUCAACCCUGGGGCUUUCUACAUCUACCUAACCGCCUGGGUCAGCAAUGAUCCUGUGGCGUACGCUGCUUCACAGGCCAACAUUCGCCCACACCCUCCAGAGUGGCUCCACGACCGUACCGAUUCCAUGCCCGAGACACGCCUCAGCAUCCCGGCUGCUGAGCCUAUCGAAUACGCACAGUUCCCCUUCUACCUCAAUGGGCUCCGGGAGACGCCACAGUUUGUGGAGGCCAUCGAGAGUGUGCGGGCCAUCUGCAGCAACUACAGCCGACAAGGCCUGCCCUCUUACCCCAACGGCUACCCUUUCCUCUUCUGGGAGCAGUAUGUUAGUCUGCGCCACUGGCUCUUGCUGUCCAUCAGUGUCGUGCUGGCCUGCACCUUUCUGGUGUGUGCCCUCUUCUUGCUCAACCCAUGGACCGCUGGCAUCAUUGUGUUGGUGCUGUCUCUCAUGACAGUAGAGCUGUUUGGCUUCAUGGGGCUGAUGGGAAUAAAACUGAGUGCCGUCCCUGUGGUCAUUCUCAUUGCCUCUGUCGGCAUUGGAGUGGAGUUCACCGUCCAUGUGGCACUGGCGUUCCUGACAGCCAUAGGGGAUCGUCACAAGCGGGCAGUGCUGGCAUUGGAGCAUAUGUUUGCACCAGUGCUCGACGGAGCCUUUUCCACCUUGUUAGGGGUCCUAAUGCUCGCAGGCUCUGAGUUCGACUUUAUCGUCAGGUAUUUCUUUGCAGUGUUGGCCAUCCUAACAGUUCUUGGAGUACUGAAUGGAUUGGUCCUUCUUCCAGUAUUACUGUCAUACUUUGGGCCCUAUCCAGAGGUGUCUCCAGUCGAUGGUCGUAGCCGGUUACCCACCCCAUCCCCAGAGGCCCCACCUCACGUGGUCCACUUCUCAGUCCGUCCUCACCACACCACCGCUGCCACCACCACCUCUGGUGCAGCUUCUGACUCGUCAGACUCUGAAUACAGCUCUAACGCCACGGUGUCAGGUAUCAGUCAGGAGCUGCAGAACUACAACCUGCCCUCACACAGAGGGCAAGCCAGAGCAGAGGAGCAGCAGUACCACCUCCAGACCAGCAGAGGCAGAGUAGUCAGGACAGAGGAGGAAAGAAGAGCAGGAUCAGGGCAUAGGCGCUCAGCCAGACAGCCUGGUCCUCCAGCCUACACUGUGUCCUCGUCGGUCCCCUCUCAGGGUUGUGAUUCUGGGCCCCAGUCUGGGGCUACUCAGCGCAACAGCAGCAGGGACCCCAAGAGCCAGCUGCACCGGCAGGGCCCGCCCCCAGCCCGCCCGCGCAUGGACGCUUUUGAAACUGCUACUGAGGCUGGGGGCCAUUAUGGCUCACAUGGCCAUAGAGAACACUCAGCAGGCCACAGAUCCCGCUCUUCCCACAACCCACAGCCUAAUCACCACCUCCCGCACCAACCCAACCCUACCCCUUAUUGCCAGCCCAUCACCACGGUAACAGCGUCAGCCUCAGUCACUGUUGCUGUACACCCAGCCCCCUUGUCCAAUCAGAACCCCUCCGCGUCCUCUUACCCAGGAUACACUGCAACAGACAGUUACUGCCCAUCGGGGCAGGUGGAGCCAGAGCCUGCAUUCCAGGACCCACAUGUGCCACAGGACACCCACACAGGCACCAGAGGAAUCAAGGUGGAGGCCAUGGAGCUCCAGGAUUUGGAGUUUGAGGCAGCUGAAAGCAACAGUGGCAGACAGGCUAGCUGA